UUCUCUUCUCCUCUCUCUUUCUUUGUCUGUUGUUCUCAGUAUCAUCAAACCCCUCCCUCUUUUCAAUCAUAACCGACUUUCCUCCCUCUCUCCAUAUAGUCUCUUGGAUUGAAGAUAGAGGUGUAGAAAUAUGAUCCUGUACUGCUGUACAUGUUAUGGGUUUCUCAGUAGGUGUAGAGCAGGAAACUAAGCUGAUCAGCAGUUUCAUGGCGGCUACGCACAAUAAAGGUGGAGGGAAUCACACAAGCCAUGAUCAGCAGCUCGAUCAUCAUCAUCACCCUCAACUGCAGCGACAAUUACAAGAUCAUGAUCACCAGAUUCCGUAUCAAACGAUGGAAUCAUCGUUGUCAAACUCCAUCGUCCCAGGCAACUUCAUAAGCAAAGAAAGUACAGGCACAUACGAUUUGGGAGAACUGGAUCAAGCUCUUUUUCUCUACCUGGAUGGCCAACAAGACCACUCCACUAUUACAACUCCCCAAGACCAGAGACAGAAUUCUGGAAUGAGACCUCUGACUUUGAACAUUUUCCCUUCUCAACCUAUGCACGGUGAACCACCCUCAACCAAGGGUAUUAGUACAGGAUUAGUUUCUCCUGGAGUAACAACAACUGGGGGUUCCAAGAGACCAUCAGAGCCGUCCAUGGAGUUGGCCAACGCAAGAAAUAAUAAUCGGCAUGCCACAUCGGGAGCUGCUCAUGAACCACCUAAAUCUGUAGCCAAGCGUGAAGGGAACCGCAAAGGUCCUACCUCGAGUUCAGAGCAGGAAGGACCAAAAACACCAGACCCUAAGACAUUGAGGAGACUUGCUCAGAAUAGAGAGGCAGCAAAAAAAAGCCGGCUUAGGAAGAAGGCUUAUGUUCAACAACUCGAGUCAAGUAGGAUCAAACUUACCCAAUUAGAGCAGGAGCUGCAAAGAGCAAGAGCUCAAGGCAUGUUUUUUGGCGGAGGAAUAAUGGGAGGAGACCAAGGAGUUCCUGUUGGCAUGAACAAUAUUAGCUCAGAUGCUGCUGUAUUUGACAUAGAGUACGGGAGAUGGGUGGAGGAGCACCACCGUCUCACAUCCGAGUUGCGUGCAGCAGUACAAGAACAUCUACCGGAGAACGAGCUCCGGCUCUUUGUGGAGAAUGUGUUAGCACACCACGACGAAUUGAUGAACCUUAAAUCCAUGGUCGCCAAAACUGAUGUCUUCCAUUUGGUUUCUGGCACGUGGAAGACCCCCGCCGAGCGUUGUUUCCUCUGGUUGGGCGGAUUCCGGCCAUCCGAGCUCAUCAAGAUCACACUCAAUCAAAUAGAGCCACUAACGGAGCAGCAAAUACUGGGUAUAUGUGGAUUGCAACAAUCAACACAGGAGGCUGAGGCUGCUCUCUCACAGGGGCUUGAAGCACUGAAUCAAUCUCUCUCGGACACCAUAACUUCUGAUUCAUUGGGUUGUCCUCCUAACAUGGCAAACUACAUGGGACAGAUGGCUAUCGCCAUUAACAAACUCUCUACCCUCGAAGGUUUCGUUAGACAGGCAGAUAAUCUGAGGCACCAGAGCAUUCACCGGCUGCAUCAACUUCUGACGACGCGUCAAGCCGCCCGGUGUUUACUGGCAAUCGCGGAAUACUUCCAUCGCCUUCGAGCCCUCAGCUCUCUCUGGCUGUCUCGCCCAAGACAAGAAUGAUAGAAAAUUAAGAGAUAAUUAUUAGAAACUAGACUUUUAAUGUGCAUGCAAUUUCUCUUUAAUUAAAUUAAUUACCUGGCUCUCUUUUAUAGGCACACGGAUGUUGUAUAGAGACUACAGAUAGACAAAUUAUACUGUAGUUUUAAAUUGGAAGCACCAGGAAAU